AACAUUAAUGACUCAUCAACGCCUGGGUCAGUAGCCCAGAUGAGGCACAUACACUAUAGGAGCAGACUAAUCCACAUUACAGCAAAUAUCUUUCCAGCAAGCUGGAAGAAAGUAUAAAAGACAUUAUCACUUGACCCCUUCCCCCCAUCUCAACAUCUGGAAGCACAUCUGAAAGACAAAGGCCCCAGGCUGGAAGAUGGUCCCAGGCUGUGUAUUGGGGAGCUGUAACUUACUUUGACCAGCUGUCAGGAUGCCGGUGACCUUUGAGGAAGUGGCCGUGUAUUUCACCCAGGGGGAAUGGGCCUUGCUGGACCCGGGUCAGAGAGCCCUGUACAGGGAUGUCAUGCAGGAGAAUUACAGGAAUGUGACUUCACUGGGUUUUCCAAUUCCCAAGCCCAGUGUGAUCUCCCAGUUGGACCGAGGGGAAGAGCCGUGGGUCUCCGAUCUCCAGGGGUCCCAGGCUAGAGAGAUCCAGAGAAACAUCCCCAGAGGGACUGACUCCUGUCCGGAUUCUCUCUCUGUCUCAGCAGGUGAUGAAACAGUGAGUGAGAGCAAUGAAGAGAAUUCUUGUCCCGCAGGCCCUGAGCGAAUGGAACCAAAGGGGACGUUGCUAGGAACGUGUGAAGAGGAUGAUUCACAGAGUCCUGCGCAUGCCAGAGAAACUCAAUGUAGGCCAGAGAAGCAGCAGGGAAACCCCCCAGGGAAAACAAUGGGUGAAUCCAGUCACCGAGGGGGAGGUUCGGAGGAUCCCAAUGUGGCCAUGAUCCAGGCUAGAAUCUGCACUAAGGAGAAGCGAUUUGAAUGUGCCGAGUGCAGGAAAUGCUUCAGUUCUGGAUCACACCUUGUUAGACAUCAGAGAUCUCACACGGGAGAGACCCCCUAUCACUGCCCUGAGUGUGGGAAACAAUUCAAUGACCAAUCAAACCUUAUUAGACAUCAGCGAACCCACACAGGAGAGAGACCCCAUAAGUGCCCUGACUGCGGGAAAUGCUUCAGUCAGAGGUCAGGCCUUAUUGUACAUCAGAGAAUCCACACGGGAGAGAAAUGCCAUAAAUGCCCUGACUGUGGACAAACCUUCACUCAGAGUGCACAUGUAACUAGACAUCAGAGGAUUCACAUGGGCGAGAGACCCUAUGGUUGCCCAGAGUGUGGAGAAAGCUUUGCUUGUACCUCAGACCUUAUUAUACACCUGAGAGUCCACACGGGGGAGAAACCCUAUAGCUGCCCCGACUGUGGACAAAGCUUCACUCAGAGUCAUCACCUUACUGACCAUCGGAGAAUUCACACAGGUGAGAGACCCUAUGCCUGCCCCGACUGUGGGAAGAGCUUCAGACAAAAAUCUGGUUUCAAUGUCCAUCGGAGAAGGCACACGGGAGAAUGCCCCUAUCAAUGUUCCAUCUGUGAGGAUAGGUACAAGACCAAGACUUCCUUAAUAUUCCACAUGAAACUCCACAUCGACUAGUGCUGGCCACUUCCCCUCCUCUUCUCUCUGCGUCUGUAGAGAUCAGAGGAACGGUGGAGAUAAUAAAGAGUUGGCCAACUCCCUAGGGAGCCAAGUGGCUCCACUAUUGAUGUGUGUGCUGUGUGUCUCAGGAGGAUGGAGGCACCGGGAGCGUGACAUUAUUAUUACUGCAUUGCAUUGUUCUCUGACCCUCUCCUGUCCCUUCCCAGUGCUGUCUGUCAGGGGCAGGCCGAAAGGUUCAGCUGGGUUUCCUGGUCCCUGUUUUCAGCCAGGGGCUCGGUUCACAUUGUUGCACACUGGGAUUAUUCCAGAAAUUGCCGCCCUGGGAAGCAUUUUACUCCUGUUUCGAUGUGGGAUGAUGGGGAGAGAAGGGGUCUGAAAUUUCUGGGAAGUCGGGUGUCUGUGGAGUCUUUAUUGCUCAUUGAAUGAUUUUGUCUGUAUUGUUCAGUUAUUUGUUCCCUCCCCCCAAAUAAAAUGCAAAUAAAACUUC